AUAUUUUGGCAUCUUGGCAUAAAAAAGCGUACCAUCACAUUGCAUACCAUUUACUCAUUAUUAAGCAAUACAGGUAGAAUUACAACAGUAGCCUUCUGGGAGCACCGCAGCCUUUUUAAAAUAUCUCAGCUUCUAAAUAAACGUAUUUUGUGCAUUGCUCCUUUAAAUCAGCGACCACCUGCUCUUCUGGCGUCAGCAUCAUCCGCAGGCGGCACGAUGGCGAUCGAUACGGCAGUGAAAUGUUCAAAGUGGGAUAUUUUAGGAAAAGCUCGACAUGCACAGGAUGAGAAACACGAUCACUGAGCAGACAGGCUCGACGAGGGACAUGAAAGCUGAUAUUAAAUGUAACGGAAAGUGUCUUAUCAGCCAUUUGAGCAGAGCAGCAGAGUAAAACCACCUGUUUUUUUUAACUAAGCAGCUAGGAGCCCCCUGCAGGUGCCAGUCCACCUGAGAGGACCACACCCGAGACCUGAAGGCCAGAAUGACCUCAACAGAUCGUUAACGUCUGCACUGUCCCACCAGCAGGAGCAGGAGGUGGAAACCAUAGCAACAGACAUGUCCUGUGUGUGUGUGAGGAUGCCUCUCUGUUUUAUCAAAGUUGCAUCAGAGUCUGAGGCCCAAGAAUGAGCUUCAGCAAAGUCAAUGGAAGACAGACAACUGUGUCACGGAUAUUGCCAUGGAAGAUCAACUGCUGGAAGACAACUUGAUGUGUAGACCACAACAAUAAUCAAACAUGUAUCUUUUUAUGGGCUGAUAUCCGCUGACAGUAGCUGCCAUGGCUUUCUGUAACGAAAGCCUGCUGGAGGACUGUGCCUUCAUGGAGGCGGACAAAGUGGAGGAAGCAGUGGAAAGUCUCCCGUCUGAAGCCGCGACUCCUGUCAUAUCGGUCACUCUGCGUGUGACCCUGGCAGCCAUAAUGAUCUUCAUGAUUACUAUUGGUUUCCUUGGCAAUGCGAUAGUGUGUCUGAUAGUUUACCAGAAACCUGCAAUGCGUUCCGCUAUCAAUCUCCUCCUCGCCACGUUGGCCUUUUCGGAUAUAAUGCUCUCUCUGCUCUGCAUGCCCUUCACUGCUGUCACUGUGGCCACUGCUGACUGGAGCUUUGGAAGCGGGUUCUGCCGAGCGUCCAUCAUGCUGUACUGGCUGUUUGUCCUGGAGGGUGUGUCCAUACUCCUCAUAAUCAGUGUGGACCGUUUUCUCAUCAUUGUGCAGCGGCAGGACAAGUUGACCCCACACAGAGCUAAACUGUUGAUUGCAGGUUCGUGGGUGCUGAGCCUGUGCGUGUCUCUACCAUCUGUAGUUGGGUGGAGGACAGGUGCGGCAGGUAUUGGGGGUGCCUGGGCGCCGCAGUGCGUGCUGGGAUACAGUGACUCUCUGGCAGACCGCGGCUACACAGUGCUGUUGGCAGUAGCAGUAUUCUUUGUGCCAUUUGCUGUCAUGCUGUACUCGUACAUGUGCAUCCUCAACACGGUGCGCCGCAACACCCUGCGCAUCCACAACCACACCAGUGAGCAUUCCUGCCUGCCAGCCCUCAACCAAGUCAGCAAAAUGAGACUUACCGGGCUGCAGCGGCCCCCUCAGAUCAAGGUGGACAUGAGCUUCAAGACCAGAGCCUUCACCACCAUCCUCAUCCUCUUUGUCGGCUUCUCCGUGUGCUGGUUGCCGCACACGGUGGUCAGCUUGCUGGCCGUGUUCAGCCGGCAGUUCUACUACAGCUCGGUCUUCUACCCAGUCAGCAUAGGUGCUCUGUGGCUCAGCUACCUGAAGACGGUCUUCAACCCUGUCAUCUACUGCUGGAGGAUCAGAAAGUUCAGGGAGGCCUGUCAGGAGUUCAUUCCCAAGAGCUGCAGACUGUGUCCCAGAGUGCCGGGCAGGAGCCGCAGGAGAGUGAGGCCCAGCAACAUCUAUGUGUGCAGCGAGACCCAGUCAGCUGUGUAAAACAUGGAAGACCAGUUUGCUAUCAGCUGUUUUUAACUCUUACUUUUCCUCAUAAUAAGCUAUAAGAGGCUACUAAAGUUAAUCUUAAAAGAAUAUACUGGCUGUUGACAAAAUAAUUUCACCACAAGAAUAAACUUUAAAUCUCAACUUUUAAGCCAACAUGGUUGAGAAGAUUUGAACAUUGACAGAAUAGCUACCGAAUGGACCUUGUGGUGAGAUUAUUUUGGCUGCUGCAUCCAAGAUCAACAAAGAACUUUCAGUCUCAAGAUAUACUGGUUGAUUUGACUUCAUGGACAUUAUGGUUUUUGAAACUAAUUCAAACAACGUCAUAUCCUCUAUUGUCCAUUUUCUUCUCUGUUUCAUCAUUUGUCCCUGAAGUGUUUCAUCUGUGUCACUGUUUCUUCAGACAGACUCAAUCUUCAGUCUUUGAGUGGUAGUGGUGAUAAUACUUCUAUUGUCAGUUAUGUGAUGAGUUUCACAAAAAAUGCAAACACGGUAUUAAUGUUCAUUGAUGUUCUCAGAGGGAAGUCUGUAAAAACAGAUUUUUAAUGAGGACAAUCUUACGUAAGUUGAAACUGUUAUUUUAAACCCUGAGUGUGUUAACAAAGAGGUGUGUCAGUUAUCGAGCUGUGAAUGUUUACUUGAUUGUAUUAUUGUGUCACGAUAACCAAACCAGGUAAAUAAAUAUAGUUUUUAAAGGAGGGUGCAUUGACAAACUGAAGUGCUCCGAUGAAAAACCCUUUCUAGCCAGCUGCUUUUACAAUGUAAAUAAACCACAUCGGUACAUAAUGGAAAUCGUUUCGGGUUGCUGGGAUACCAAAGACAUCUAUUCACUGUGAGUGGAUAUACAUAUACAUAUAUAUGUAUAUACUUCACUAAAGACAACACCCACAGCAGUUUGUGUAUUGAAUCAGAUUAUGUAAUCCCACAACAAUUGUAACGCUAAUGCUGAAUGGACAAAUGAAGUGGAAGAACUGUGUGUAGCAUUUUAAAUAUGUGUGGCAUUAUGAUAUUGAUAAAUUAUUACUGCAUUCA